CCCGGCGCCCCCGGAGUCCCCGCCAUGCUUUUACCGCCCCGAAGGAACCGGACCCUGUACCCACCGCUGCUGCUCCUGCAGCUGCAGCUGCCCGCGGCGGGGGCCGGCAGGGCCGGCCGGGAGCUCCUGGGGCCGGCGCAGAUAGUCACGGCCAGCCUGCUGUCGCUGCUCAUCCUCUGGACCCUGCUGGGGAACGUGCUGGUGUGCGCAGCCAUCAUGCGCUACAGGCACCUGCGCUCCAAGAUGACCAACGUGUUCAUCGUGUCUCUGGCCAUCUCCGACCUCUUGGUCGCGCUCCUGGUCAUGCCCUGGAAGGCCGUGGCGGAGGUGGCGGGCUACUGGCCCUUCGGGGCCUUCUGCAACAUCUGGGUGGCCUUUGACAUCAUGUGCUCCACCGCCUCCAUCCUGAACCUGUGCGUCAUCAGCGUGGACCGCUACUGGGCUAUCUCCAGCCCCUUCCGCUACGAGCGCAAGAUGACCCAGAGAGUGGCCCUGGUCAUGGUCAGCGCGGCCUGGGCCCUGUCCAUCCUCAUCUCUUUCAUCCCCGUGCACCUCAACUGGCACAAAGACCAGGGGGGGUUGGCGCGAAACCAGGCCUCUCCACCCCCCUCCGGCAAUGCGACCCCCUGGGGAGAGGAGCCCGAGAACUGCGACUCGAGUCUCAACAGAACUUACGCCAUCUCCUCCUCCCUGGUCAGCUUUUACAUCCCGGUGGCCAUCAUGAUCGUGACCUACACGAGGAUCUAUCGCAUAGCUCAGGUGCAGAUCCGCCGGAUCUCCUCUUUGGAGAGGGCCGCGGAGCACGCCCAGAGCUGCCGCAGGAGCCGAGCGGACUGCCAGCAGCACAGCAGCCUCAAGACCUCCAUCAAGAAAGAGACCAAAGUCCUCAAGACCCUGUCGGUGAUCAUGGGGGUCUUUGUCUGCUGCUGGCUCCCGUUCUUCAUCCUCAACUGCAUGGUUCCUUUCUGUGACAGGCCCGGGGACCCCCGAGCCGGCUUCCCCUGCGUGAGCGAGACCGUCUUUGACAUCUUCGUGUGGUUCGGCUGGGCCAACUCGUCCCUCAACCCCAUCAUCUACGCCUUCAACGCCGACUUCCGCAAGGUCUUCGCCAAGCUUUUGGGCUGCAGCCGCUUCUGCGCGGGAACCCCGGUGGAGACGGUGAACAUCAGCAACGAGCUCAUCUCCUACAACCAGGACGCGGGACUCCCCAAGGAGAUCGCCACCGCCUGUGUCAACAUGAUCCCCAACGCCGUGGACUCUGUAAGUGGAAAUGAGGCCGGGCCCUUUGACGGGAUGUCUCAGCUCUCCCAGACUUUCCGAAACCCUGAUCUGGCCACCGCUUCAGGGUGCGAGCUGGACUGUGAAGGGGAGAUCUCCCUGGGCAGAAUCACACCCUUGACUCCAAACGGUUUACAUUAAACUGCUUAAGGGAUCUAGAAUGGUCCUAAUGCUUAGUCGGACACAUGAAUCCGAACGCAAAGUGUACCUGCUGGUCUGCUUGGGCGGGGACCCGCACCCUCUCUGUAUUUCCUUUGGUGUCUGUAGUGCUCAGCAAACCCUUGGAAGUGAAGGGAGUACCUUCAGUCCCACCAUCUUGUUUCUUCAUCAUCAGGGAGGAUAUUAAAACAUGGUUUUUCCACCCUGGCCAGUGACUUGUGUUUCGACUGGUUUUAAACCACCAGAGACCCCAGGGUGCAGUGGGUGAUUUAUCUCGGUAUCACUGGCUGUUCUGAUGUGUUUGUGCAAUCUCUGGCAUUUCUUUAUUGGCUAUGGGAUCCUUCCCGAUUUGCUCCGAAGAACUAAUAAAUGGAGGUCAUGUUGCUAAGGGGUUAUCUUUCCUUCACUGCUGGGAUUUUCAGUGUGGCGUCCUUCGGUAGUUAGGAUUAUAGGAACCAGUUUUUGUAGAGUGUGUUUUUUUAAAAAGAUGUUUUCCUUCUUCAAAAAUAUCCGGCUUUCAUGUUAGCAGACAAUUCUGCCUUAAGGUUGUGCACAGGGCUGGAUGAUUGCUUUCAAUCUGCCUCUUCGUGCUAUUCGCAUGUCGAGCUGGGGGCUGGGUGGUUUGCGAUUGCUGCCGUGUUAUGUGUCUGUGCUAUAGUUCUGAAUUAGUGCUGCAAACCCACGUUAGAUUUAUUGUAGCAAAUGCCCAUUUACUGGGCUCUGAAUUUUCAUUGUAUUUCUGUGAAUGAUUUCCCUGAAAAAUAGUCAUAAUGGUGAAGAUGAACUGUUUCCUUGAUGUUCCAGAUAUAUGCUAUUGAUUUCCCAAAUUAUGCUAAAACACUGCAUUAAAAUGAAGUAUGAUUAAAAUAGUUCAUUUGCUUUUUAAUCUUGGUGAGUAAAAAUAUUGUGACUUAUUAAUUACUCUUUCAAAAAAGCUUGGAAAUGGGUAUGCUUACAUAGUUUGAAUA